AUGGUGAAGAAGACGAAGAUAUGUACAUGCUCGGUUUGCCGGCUGCAGUCCUAUAGAGCACCCGACGGCAGCAUCCGCCAGGGAGCUAAGCAAAGGCUGGAUGUCUGGAAGAAGCAUAUGAUGGACGACCAGUUUACCAAAGCAAAUGACGACUUCCGCAUGCGCGAAGCCUUACUUCACGCAAUUGAAGAACCUGUGGAUUCAUCCGAACUAGAGGAGGCAGAGGCUACGGAUACUGAAGUUGGGAUGGGUGACGGUUCCGGCCAGGAGGACGGCGAUGAAGAUCACAUCAUGGACACAGAGGAAGACCCCUCGAGCAUUGAGGGAGAAACGCCGCCGAUGAGGCUUUCACGCCUCUCCGCACUGGAGUCUUCGGUAUCCAAUGCUAUGAACGCUAUGGAAUCCAACCAUUCCACGCUCAAGUUCUCCUCACAUCCAUCAGCAAUCACCGACAUCCCUAGCCCUCUUCUGUUCCGCGAUCCAGAAAACAUCGCAUUCCUUGAUAGUCGCUUCAGUUUGGAAAGCUCGCUCGCACGUCUCCUCGCUAUGAAGCCGUUGGGUCAUCGUGACGCCGACGCGCGCCGCUGUUCACUCAUCAAGCAAACCCGCAAAGCACUGGACGGAUCUUUGGCACUAGAGCGUUACGCCUGGGAGAGAGAGAAGACGAGAGCGGGACUUUUCGAACACCAAGAUGCGACGCCACAGGUCUUUUGGAUGGAACGCUUUCCAACUCCUCUGCCCUCCAUGCGACCCUUCCUGUUUGCUAUCCUCAUCAUCACGGGGGCCCUACACACCAUUUCCGGGCUUAGUCAAGAGGUCUCCGACCUCGUGCUCGCUCUAGUGCGGCUCACAGCUGUCGAAGUCUUCAAAGCCUACAAACCGCGUUCAAACCACAAGACUACGGACAAAUACGUCACCACCAAAAACGAGCUCAGAGACACUGUCCCAAAACACAUACGUAUCGAACCCUCCAUCGUUCGAUAUGCAACGUGUCCCAUGUGUUGUGCAACAUACCCCCCGGAUCCUACGAAAUACCACGGGAACCCAUAUCCUCCGCUUUGCACCCAUUCCGAACCUGACAUUUUCCACUCGCCAGCGAUUCGGAACUUCCUCGGUCCAAACGGAAUUCCGUUCUCAAAGACCGUCUCCAACAAUGUUCACCUCGUCUUCGGUCUCUACAUCAACUGGUUCAACCCAGGAGGGAACAAGCAGUCCGGGAAGUCUCGCUCCGUGGGCUCCAUAUACCUCGUUUGUCUCAACCUUCCUCUCGCCAUACGAUUCCGCCCCGAGAACCUCUGUUUGUCCGACAUCAACAAUCUCUCGCGCUCGACGUGGGCCACGCGGACCUGGAGACGACACUUCGAGAUUGCACGGUCAUGGUGCGACGCUCCGACGGUCGCCGCACGCACGGUGAUCUUCAAGGAGCAUGGCAUCCGAUGGUCCGAACUCCUUCGCCUCCCUUACUGGGAUCCGACCAGGUACGCCGUUGUCGAUGCCAUGCACAACUUGUUCCUAGGUCAAGUUCGCCACCACUUCCGGGAUGUAUGGGGGCUUGACGUCAAGGAUCAGAAGGAAGGGAAGAAAACGCGAGAGCUGGCCCAGCACACGCCCGAAGAACAGAAGCAAUGGCUCCAAUACAUCAUCGAGUCCCUCGACGCCUCCUGCGUCAUGUCCUCGCUCACGAAAGCCCGAAAAGGCUACCUCGUUGCUCUUGCACAAGCCAACAACAUCGUUCCCACAGCGCUUACUAAAAAAGCGUACGCGGAAGCCUUGAUAGAAUGGGUAAAAUCAAAUGCGCCGACCGCUCUGCGUGUACCACCCAUCCUACCGGAAGACGCUGACAACUUCUAUCUGUCCGACGAUAUCUCAACGUUUCAAGUGCUCACGCCGAAAAUCAUCCAACAAUGGCCUAGCACCGAAGAAUUCGACGACCUCAAAUCUGCGGUCCGCGCUGUGUUCCAAGACACAACGCGUAGUACCAGGGCGGCGGAGAUCCUUGCCUUAGCAACAGCAUCGCAAUCGGCCGAAACUUUACGUGCUCUGUACACCAAGUUCAAACACUGCAAGGCGACGCUCGAGCGCGAUGUCUACAACAAACUUCUCGGCGUGCUCAAUCAUACGCCUCCAUCCGCUUACAGCUUGUUCUAUGAACAACCUGCCCGUGGCACCGUCCAACUCCCACUCCACGCAGUACUACUUCCGAAGAUUGAAGUUCACCGCACGACGCUCGGGACACGGGACAAGAACAUCCGUAACUCCUUCGUGUGUUUACGUGACCCGACGGAUCGGGAUCUUCCCGACAGCGUACUUGCUGGUCAGAUUUCCCAGAUCUUCCUUCAUCGAAGACUCUCACCGACAAAGGGGGACAUCGUUGAGCCAUGGUUAGUGGUGGAUGUCUAUGCCACUCUCACCGACGAACACGCAGCAUGGGACCCUUAUCGUCGAUUCCCCUUGCUGGACACCAAACUUGUUUACAAUCGAUCCGAGAGAAGUAUCGUCGUACGGACAACGGACGUAGUUUGCCAAUUUGCAAGCCUGACCUACGUACCUGACGAAUUGACCGUCAUCACCAUCGUCGCAUGCGACAAUUCCUCCCGUUAUACAACGUUCUACUACCUGGUGUUGGCAAGCUCCUCAGAAUUUUCGGCACCAGACAGACUCGUCGCGCAGUGCGAUAGGACUACCAUCACAUGCGCCCGGAUCGAAGCUAAUCAGAGCCUCAAGCAAGGAGGCGAACAUAUUGCUGCAGUGGGAGCUACCGGCCGUGCGAUUGCGCUGGAAGCUACGAGCGCAGUGGCGCCUAGAGCUAUGAGCGCAGUGGCGCUCAGAGCUACGAGCGCAGUGGCUCCGGAGCUACGAGCGCAGUGGCUCCAGAUCCACGAGCGCAGUGGCACCCGGAGCUCUCAUAGCUACUAUUCACGAGCGCGCCUUGCGGACGUGCGCUACAAGACGCGGUACGGAAAGUUCUACUCCGGGGUGAAGCUCCUCGACCGUAGUGAGCGCGGCACAGAUUAUCGCUGGGGCGGGAGCGUGUCUGGGAGAACGCUCGACUGA